AGGUCGCUCUGAGCUGAGGUUAGAUUGCGCUCCGUAUUAUCUCGCCCGUCCUCUCCUCUCGUAAUAUCCAGUCGGAGAGCAGAGCAGGUGCGCGAGGAGACGCGUUGACCGCAGCCGCGUUUUAAAGCCGAUGGGAGAAAAGAUUCAUGGAGCCCGUCCGUGUUCACCGGUUCGCUGCGGCUCGGCCGGGGACGGACCAUAUCAAGGAGUCCGAACAGGUACCGUGAGAGACGGACAGCAUCACACGGGGAUCGUGGACUACUCCGCGCUGAGAUGGACUGUGUAACUUAGGUGUCGUUCCGAGACGCUGCAGGAGAAAUUAAUCCCCCCCCCCCCUUUUUUGUCCUUUUUUUUUUUUGUCCUUUUUUUUUUUUAAAUGUCCGCCGCUGUGAAUUGUGUUGUGUAUUACUGGGUCAUGUUGUCUGCGUUCAACACGUUGCCUGCGAGCUGAGGCUGGAACAGGUCACUGGUCCACUCCAUCCAUAAUUUAGGAUGACGCCUCUCGGUCAAACCUGCUCCUCCCUGUUUCCUCAGCCCUUCUCUGGAGUUCAAACGCCGCAUCAGCAGACGGAGCACUCCUGAGUACUGUUUGGCUGCCUGGCUGACAUCACGGGGAGGUGAUGCGACGGUUCGUCUACUGCAAGGUGGUGUUGACCACCUCCUUAGUGUGGGUGCUGGUGGACGUGUUCUUGCUGCUCUACUUCAGCGAGUGUAACAAAUGCGAUGAUAGGAAGGACCGCUCGCUGCUCCCUGCCCUCCGAGCGGUGAUAUCUCGGAGCCACGAAGGUCCGGGGGAGAUGGGCAAGGCGGUGAACAUCCCCAAGGACGACCAGGAGAAAAUGAAGGAGCUCUUUAAGAUCAACCAGUUUAAUCUGAUGGCCAGCGACAUGAUUGCACUGAACAGGAGUCUGCCAGACGUGAGGUUGGAUGGCUGUAAGACCAAGGUGUAUCCAGAUGACCUACCAAACACCAGCAUCGUCAUCGUGUUUCACAACGAGGCGUGGAGCACCCUGCUUCGGACAGUUCACAGCGUCAUCAACCGCUCUCCCAGACACUUACUGGUGGAGGUCAUAAUGGUCGACGAUGCCAGCGAGCGAGACUUCCUGAAGAAGAAGCUGGAGAACUACGUGCGGACAUUGGAGGUGCCGGUGAGGAUCUUGAGGAUGGAGCAGCGUUCGGGUCUAAUCAGAGCCAGGCUGAGGGGGGCAGCUGCCACCAAAGGCCAGGUCAUCACCUUCCUGGACGCUCACUGCGAGUGUACCGUCGGCUGGCUGGAGCCCCUGCUGGCACGCAUCAAAGAAGACAGGACGGCAGUGGUGUGCCCCAUCAUCGAUGUGAUCAGCGACGAGACGUUCGAAUACAUGGCAGGCUCAGAUAUGACCUACGGUGGAUUCAACUGGAAGCUGAACUUCCGCUGGUACCCCGUUCCCCAGCGGGAGAUGGAUCGACGCAAGGGGGACAGAACACUUCCUGUCAGGACUCCCACCAUGGCAGGAGGGUUGUUCUCUAUAGACAAAACAUACUUUGAAGAAAUUGGAAGCUACGAUCCAGGGAUGGAUAUCUGGGGAGGAGAGAACCUGGAAAUGUCUUUUAGAAUCUGGCAGUGUGGCGGCUCGUUGGAAAUUGUAACAUGUUCUCAUGUGGGCCACGUUUUCCGGAAGGCCACCCCAUACAGCUUCCCUGGAGGAACGGGCCAAGUCAUCAACAAGAACAACAGACGCCUGGCAGAAGUUUGGAUGGAUGAUUUCAAAGAUUUCUUCUACAUCAUAUCACCAGGCGUGAUGCGGGUGGACUACGGAGACGUCUCUUCCCGUAAAGUCCUCCGCGAGGCCUUGCAGUGCAAACCUUUUUCCUGGUAUCUAGAGAACGUCUACCCAGACUCCCAGAUCCCGAGAAGAUACUACUCACUUGGUGAAAUCAGAAAUGUUGAGACCAACCAGUGUGUGGACAACAUGGGGAGGAAGGAGAAUGAGAAAGUCGGCUUCUUCAACUGUCACGGCAUGGGUGGAAACCAGGUGUUCUCAUACACGGCGGAUAAAGAAAUUAGGACGGACGACCUCUGUCUGGACGUGUCCCGCCUCAACGGACCUGUCGUCAUGCUCAAGUGUCACCACAUGAAGGGCAAUCAGAUGUUCGAGUAUGAUGCCGAGCGACUCACACUGCUGCACGUGAACAGCAACCAGUGUCUGGACAUGCCGUCUGAGGAGGACAAGAUGGUGCCCACCCUGAGAGACUGCAAUGACAGCCGCUCUCAGCAGUGGCUGCUCCGUAACAUGACCCUGAGCGUCUGAUCCCUCGCCCUCGCCUCUGCCCCCCUCCACCACUCUCAUCCUAAACCAGUCCUGGCUCUCCACACCCUCACCAGGUGGCUCUUACCACACACAUCAUACGCCUCUUCCUGUGUCAGCCUGGCCAGCGAAUGCAGAGAUUCUAGGCAGCAGCAGCAGCAGCGGCGGCUUAUCUUCCAUUACGGAAGUGUCUCCUUUUACAGGUUUGAGAGAGGCCGGCCCAGCCAUGACGAGCUGUGGCUUUGGGGACCUCGUCAUGUCCAGGCAGGGAGAACGAUGUGUGUGAGCUCUGUUUUAUGGAGAACACUGAAAUCGAAGCGCUCUCCAGUCAGCCAGCUGCUAGCCCGGCAUCCUCUGUGCUGCUCAGACUGCUGCUUAGCUGCUGGACAAACAAACCGAAGAACAUCCAUAACAAGAAUACUGCAAGGCACGUCUCCGCGAUGGUCUGCUCUGUAAAUGACCUUCCUUCCUCGUGCUGUGUACAGUACAUGCAGUGCUUUGGUUCUCACUGUAGGUACAAUCUUAAAAGCAAGACUGUUGUUGUUAUAACUGCUGCUCACAUCUUUCCAUAUCAGUGUCUGUGCUACAUUAAGAUAACAGGGAAGUGUUGCCGUUAAUAGAGCCCGACCAGUACUGGAGUUGUGAAGCAGACGCUGAUGUUGACUGCUGUAGAUACAAUGAAACAUAGAUCAGUCAAUCUGAAAUUUGAAUUCGAUUGUAGUUUUUAGGAUUAAACACACUUGUGUCCGGUGUGAAUGGUGCCUCAAACCUUGAUGUUAUAGAACAUCGCUAAUAUAAAGAAUAUAUAUAUCAAAUAUGAAAAUAGAUAAAAUGAACUAACACUAUCAACAGAAGAAACAGCAGUGCUGACAUUAUGUCAAAGAGAUCUACGUACUGUGUUGCAGAAAUAUAUGUAACACUGAAGUUAGCAUGCUAACCAGCUAGCCCCAGCCUGUCCUGUCUCGUAAUACCACUUCGUAGCGGCGAGAGGUUAAAUAAGUAGCUAGCUGCAGCCAGAGCAGCAGUUGUUUUUGGAACUACUUUCAAGUCUUCAUAUUCUACAAAUUACACCUUUUAAGUCACUUGCAUCAUUACAACAUCCAGCCUGUUUAAGGACCCAUACAUUUGUAUUCUGCUCCGUUGAAGCUAGUUAGCCUAGCUUGCUAACACUGGAACAAGUUCUCAGCAGCCGUUAUUUUUUUAUUGAUGUUAUUUCAGCACCAAGGCUGUGGUCAAAUAGUCUGUUUUACUUAUGAAGGGUCCCGGCUGAGUAAAAAUGCUCUCAGUGCUAAGCAAAGUUGCUUCACUGCAUCCUUUCAUAUCCCCUUUAGCCCAGGCUGCACUGGACCGCUGUUUGCGAAAGGUAAGGAGAUAAUGCUCUUCCACACUUCCUUCCCUCUGACAUGUUUUUGACAAUUUGACCGCAGCCCUGCUCAGUGCUGUGUUCUUCCAACACUAAACAAAGGAAACAGCCUAGGUAGUAUUAGCUGGCUCAGAUUGUCAAACCUCACAGCGACAAGCCGUCCUAUAACCUCAGCACCCUGUCCCCACCUUACGACUAAGAGAGGGAGCACAGGAAUCACAGAUGAGACAUUUAUUAUUUCAGUUGGACUUCAACAUAAAACAAAUUAAACAAUGUUUUUAUUAACAUCCCUUUAAAGGAUGGCUAUACAAGAAUUGCCAACAAAUAUGUACCCAGCAGGUUUACUCAUCAGCAGUCUAUCUUUGGCAUUUCUCUACUGCAAAUUCUUGUUCGUUGUCAUUUGACAUUUAGGCAGAUAAUAUCUGUAAUACUCCAAUGUUGGCGGCUUCAUUGGUUUGGCUCUUUUUAUUACGGAUUUUAUGGAUUUAUUGGAUGUCUUCAGUUUGUAACAAUAAGCUGAAGAUUUCAAACCUCUGUCUAAAAAUAUUCACAGACUGCAAGGCACGAAAAUGACUUGAAUGAUUGCAUAAUGUUCCAUAUAAGUGAAACAGGAAUCAGAGUUAGACGCUCAGAUGAAAAUGUGAGGUGUCCCUUUGGAUCGACAAACCGUUCGGAGGGUUAUUUACACCAGGCUGGUUGACAAAACGAAAAGAGAGGCUGUGGGUAGGAAAUGGAAAGUAAUUGAGACUCUGCUCCGAGUAGUGGUAAUUGAUUUUAAAUGAAUGUUAGAGUUUUCCCCUUAAUGAUGAUGACUGUAUUCUGCACUGUGUUACCACGGCUGUCUGAGAGUGUCAUCACUAAAAAAUUAACACAUCACCUUUAUCAGAUUCCUGCUAGUAAGAUGUUCAAAUUGUUUUUAAUCUGUGGAGAGAUCAUGAAGUCUUGGAGCUGAAUAGUGAUGUGUGCCUUUAGAAAGUUGUUUUGUAUUUGGUUCAUUGUUUUUUUUGUUUGUUUUUUUUUAGAUGAUUUAAUUAUUUUGGUGGUGAGAGAGGAGACUGUAAAAUCUUCGUGGUGGCGCUUGGUUUUCAUUUUAGGUCAGCAAGUUUCAUAGUAAGUGGGUGGUGAUUUUCCAUGAAGCUGUUAAUACCGGGUCACACAAUAGUUUGCCUGCAUAGCAACUUACAAAUACUAGUUGAUAAUCACAAAUUAAGUUGCCAAUUUGCCAAGUUUAAAUCCCAAAUUACCUAUUGAAGCCUAAUAAUAUCUUCAUAUCACUCAGAUAAUACAGAACAGGGUAAAGCGGUUCAUCUUAACAAUCAUUCAAGUGCCUGCAUAUAAAAACUGUGUGUGAGAGUGUGAGAGAAAACCUAAUUAUGGAUGUAAUAACUGCUAGAAGUUCUUCAGUUUGCUCACCUGCAGAAAUAAGACAGAAAUUAGUUGUAAAUUAAAAUGGCAUGAUCGGCAACAGUUGAGCAGAAACCAUUUUGGGCUAAAAGAAAAUAUCAAAGAAAUUAAUUAUUAUUCAUUUCAAUUAAAUCUGUUGCUUGGUAAUUACAACCCACUUACUAUCAAACUCCCUGGCCUGUGAAAUUGAGUGUCCACAUCUUUUUUUUUCAUCAUGAGUCAACAAAAAGAGCUACUGCAUGUUGAUAUCAAAUACUAUCUCAUAUAUCAUCAACUCUCCAUCAAACAUUUAGUCGGUAUUCAGCAUAUCAAUACUCACCCAUCACCCACGCAAAUGCGACAGGUACUUCUCACUACAUCAUCGAUCAGGAUCAGGCAGCAGAUGCUACUGUACAUAAUGCUGUUGACCUGUUUCUAUCACCGUUAUUGUUGUUGUACAUACAGAACCAAUUAUUUUUCUAAGAUGCUGUAAAAACUUGAACACUCCUCAGAGAAAAAGACGUUGAAUGGUAAAAAGAUCAUGAGGUAUGUUUUCAUUCGGAAAUCGGGGUAAUAAAAACGAGUGCUUACCUUGGGUUUUGAAAUUGCAGUGUGUUUUGGAAAUCAUCAUCAUCAGCCCCGCGAAACCAAUUCUCAGACUACCUAAAGGACCUUAGGCGAGCAUACAUGAGGGAGCAACUAAUGGUGAAAUACUAUCAAUGCUGCUUGAAUACUGAAUCCUCGCCGAGCGCCUGCUCGGCAUUCAGACUCAGAUUCAAUCACCUCUUCUGUGUUGCGCGCACACAUUUAUUGUUUUUCAUUAUCUUAAAGUGCAUGGUGUUGAAAUAGGAAUGUAAUGUUUCAAUGUACUGGUUGCAAAGUGAUGUUACCUGUUUGUACAUUUUGCCUUUUUUUUUUGUAGAAAAAAAAAAUGACUGAACAUAGAUUUAAUUUCAGUGUCAAGCAGCUGAUGGAAAAUGUGAACACUGGGACGUCACACCGACACAUCAGUUGUUUAAUAAAACCUUGUUCUUGAAGCUUUUAAGACCCCCGUACAUGUCAUUAUCAUGCCUGAGUGUGUGGGCUUUUAAAUGUGGUAAAUUACAGCCUCUCUUCUGCAGUGGCCGGGGAACAUGUGUAACAACAGGAUGCUGUACGAUAUUGAUGGGUGUUAUCUUCCUCUUUUGUCCAGUAUCUGUAAAGACACCUGACACUGUCCGCUUUUGAAGGUCCAGCUGAUGAAGGUACCUCUGACACAGCUCAUUAUUCUGUACAUUAAAGUGAGAAAGGCCUGACCUUUCAAGUGACUCUGGCUUUGUUAAAGUCUGAAAGGCAAAAUGACUCCUUCCUGAAUGGGACACGAAAAAAGGAAGAGAAAGCCAGAGGGUCAAUAGAGGGCAAUGGAGAUGGAGAGCGGGGGAAUACCCAGAUGACAAUUAGAGUGGUGAAUAUUAAAAGGUUCAGAACUUAUAA